AGUAACCGUUCGUAUAUAUGCAGGCGGUGCAUAAGGGAUUUCACUCAGUUGACGUUCAACCGUUGAUCUUUCUACGUCUCCGUGCGCUCCCCGAGCUUAAGUUUGGUAAUAAUGAAGACCGCCCUCGUAUCUGUGGUUAUCCUUGUCAUUGUUGCAGGGGCCAUGAGUUCGAACCCACCAGAGAAGAAGAAGUGCAAACCUGACGACUAUCACUGCGGCGACGGCAAGUGUAUCCCCAAGACCUUCGUCUGCGAUGGAGCUUUUGAUUGCGGCAAUGGGAAUGAUGAGGCUGACUGCAAGGGGAGCAACUUGGGCAGCCGCUCCGCCGAUCCCAUGGCCGACUUCCCUCCCGGAGACGACUUGGAGGCCCCUACCUUCCCCCUGGAAUUCGGCGGCCGUACAUGACUAGAGCAACAUUCGCCGCCUCCCACCAAAAAUUCGACAGUCGAUUCCACGACGUCCAGUGCCACUGUCGAUUCCACGACGUCCAGUGCCACAGUCAAUUCGACGACGUCCAGUGGAAGCGUCGAAACCAUCCUGAAACUUCCGUAUCUCCUUUUCAUUUGCUGGUUCCAAAUUUUGUUGUCAUAACCAUGUCCAGUUUGUUUUUUUGCUUUCGAAACGGAGGGUACUUAUCGAAAAUAGUUAAUAUGUCCAGUUUUUUUUUUUAACCGAAGGUACUUAUCGAAAACAAUAUACUUUAAUUUUUGUUAGGUGUUUCUUUUUAAUAUAAUAUAAAAUACGAA